GGGGCGCGGCGGCGGCCGUGCCGCCGGCAGCGGCGCCCGCCGGUGGCAUGGGCGGCGAUACGGACGAUAGCGGGAAGAAGGGCAAUAAGGGUAAGUUCGGAAAAGGCUGCGGCAAGAUGGGCUGGGGCGACAUGAUGAGCCUCAUGUGGAUGAUGGGCCCCUGGGGCGGCUGCGGCAAGGGAUGGGGCGGCUGGGACGGCGGCUGGGACGACGCCGAGGGCGGCGGUGCCGGCGGCAGAAGAGGCAAGAAGGAGGGCUGCCCAGGUGUUUUCAAGGUGACCGUAGACCCCACGUCGCAGUUGGUGGCCCAGAGCUUCCCCCAGGAGGCUCCCGGCAUCGCUCACGAUAAGGAGUUCGACGGUCUCUUCAAGCAGGCUGGUCACGUCCUCACAGACCUGGUUGGCAGCGUUCAGGAGUUCUGCACAAUCGUCCACGACCCUGACUGGGAGCAGUUUCCCGAGGUGGCCAAGGCGUUGCAGGAGGGCGGCGGCCCAAAGGAGUGCCUCGCGGUUGCCACCUGCCCGAACGCGAGCAAGUGGGCCGUCGGCAUAGCUGCUGGCUGGAAGAACCGGGAGUCCAGCUCGAAGCUGGCUCUGGCGGUCGCCCUGGCGAAGGACGACCCCUCCAUCCUCGCCCAGCUGCGGAGGGCUUACCCGAUGUUUUACUCGCUCUGCAUGACCGUCCAGCCCACGGGCUACGACGGGACGUGGAACGCUACUGCCGGGCUGGGGCCCAGCGCGCCCUCCGCGCCGUCGGUGCACUGGCUGACACUGUCACAGGAUUCGGGCCUCGCCAAGGAAGGCUUCCCGCCCGAGGCGCCGUGCAUCGUGCACGGCGGCAAGUCUGACAGGGACAUGUUCUCCAAUGCCCACAAUGUCCUCUGCGAGCUGCUGGAGGACCCCAGCGCGGUGGAGUACGUCGACGAUCCAGACUGGAACGUCAUGCCAGAGGUCGGCGAGGCACUGAAGGCGGCUGCGGCGGAUUGCGAGGACGUGCCCCUCACCGUGGCGAAGAGCCAGCUCUUCGCCGCCUGGGGCGUGGGCGUCGGGUCCGGCUGGAAGUACAGGGAGACAGCGGCCAAGCUCGCGCUCGGCUUGUCGAUCUGCGGGUCGACGGGCAAGCUGGAGGAGUUUACACAGAAGUAUCCCGAGUUCUACGCUCUCUGCGACAAGGCAGGGCUGGUAGACGCAGGACUGGUGCAGCAUCCGUCCAAGCGGCGGAAAGUUGCUCCGGACGCCGACGCGGUUGCCAGGAUCACCACGCCGGUGGCUAUGACCCGCUCCGCCAACCUGAGCUGAGUGGCCUCUGCUGGUGCGCGUAUUCUGCGCACGCGUGCACUGGAACUCCCAGACCUCACGCGGGCAGCCCUGCCGAACGAGGAGGCAACCUGGCCCCGCCCGCUCCCGCCGGCGCUUCCUCGUGGCCCGCGCGCCCUCCUGAGCGGGCCCCGCCUUCUUCCGCACACCAAGCCGCAGGCGCGACCUGCUCUGGUGCCAGCUCCUCCGUGUUGCUGCUACUGGGGACCCCACCCUGAGGUCCCAGGACGUCCUCCACAGGCGCGGCGAGCCUCGCCGGAGCCUGCUGCCCGUGCUCGCCCGCAGGCUCUCGCGGGGCCCGGCGCCGCCCGGCUGCUGCUUAGCUCGCCGCUCUCGGCGGUGCCCCGGGGCCUCCACCGAGAUGCCGGUCCUCCUCGUGGUGCCCUCCCUCCUGCUGGUGCUCUCUCUCUC